AUGGAGGUAAAAUCACAGCAGCCGGCCCUCCACGCCAAUGUAAAGUCCUCUUCCGCGAGGUGGAUUCGCGCCCCCAGCCUGGCCCUCUCGGCCCCUGGAGGGCAGCGCCGGCCGCCGCGCUCCCGGAGAGGCCGCGUCUUCUCCCCGGUCCUGGGGUUCUGGAGAGCCCGCCCCUCUCCGGAGACCCCCUCCCUCCCUCCCAGCCCCUCUGUCCUCGCGUCUCCUCAGGGACAGUUGACAUUGAAUGAUGUGGCCAUCGAAUUCUCUCCAGAAGAGUGGGAAUGCCUGGACCCUGCUCAGAGGGCCUUGUACAGGGACGUGAUGUUGGAGACCUACAGGAACCUGAUCUCUGUGGAUAUUUCUCAUAUACACGUGGUAAGGAAAUUACAGCUAAAAUCAAACAUUGAUAGAGGAGGAGUAUUCCAAACAGUGAUUUUGGGAAGACAUGAAAUCCAGGAACCUUUUUACCUCUCGGAAAUACAGGAGAAUAUGUUUGACUUUGGAUUUCAGUGGAGACAUGAUGAAAGGAAUUACAGAAAUAUCCCUACAUCCCAUAACCAAAAUGUCACUGAUAGAAGAAGUCAACAUGGUGGAAGGGAUGCGGGAAACAACCAUAUUGGAAAUAGACUUGUGUUAAGCCUUCAGGAUGAACUGCAUAUGUUUAAAAGUAAACAGAAAAUUGAUGAUUUUAAUAAAGCUAAGAAGAGUAUCAGCAGUACUUCCUCAUUUUCACCAGUUGAAGGAAUUUCUCCUCCUGUCCAAACCAACAUUUCUAAUAUAUAUUUUAUGCAUCCUUCAAUACUGACACAAGACCAGAGCCCACACAGGGAAAUACCUUACAAUGAGUAUGGCAAAACGUUUCAUCAGGGCUCAAAUCUCAGGAGUCAUCAGAGAAUCCAUAUAGGAGAGAAAUUACAUAAAUGUGAUGUAUGUGACAAGGUCUUUAGCCGAAAUUCAGAUCUUGUAAUUCAUCAAAGAAUUCAUACUGGAGAGAAACCUUACAAAUGUAAUGAGUGUGGCAAGGUCUUUAGUACAAAAGGGAAGCUUUCAGUUCAUCAGAGAAUUCAUACUGGAGAGAAACCUUACAAAUGUAAUGAGUGUGGUAAAACCUUUAAUCAGAGCUCAAUCCUCACUCGACAUCGGAUAAUCCAUACAGGAGAGAAAUUACAUAAAUGUGAUGUGUGUGCCAAGGUCUUUAGUCAAAAUUCAGACCUUGUAAUUCAUCAAAGAGUUCAUACUGGAGAGAAGCCUUAUGAAUGUAACGAGUGUGGCAAGGUCUUUAGUCAGAAAAGAAAGCUUUCAGUUCAUCAGAGAAUUCAUACUGGAGAGAAACCUUACAAGUGUAAUGACUGUGGUAAAACCUUUAAUCAGAGCUCAACCCUCACUCGACAUCGGAUAAUCCAUACAGGAGAGAAAUUACAUAAAUGUGAUGUGUGUGCCAGGGUCUUUAGUCAAAAUCCAGACCUUGUAACUCAUCAGAGAAUUCAUACUGUGGAGAACGUAGUGUCUGUGGGAAAAUCUUUCUUUCUUCCUCAGGCAUCAGUAGGCAUGACAUAA